GAUUAAAAAGUUAAGUUGUCAAUUUGACAGCUACCGGCUCAAUAUAAAAUAACCUAAGCUCUGCUUCUUUUUAUUCCUUUUCCUAGUCCCAAACGUAGAAGAUGGACGGGGUGUCGAGUUACAAUAGUUUCGUAGCGUUGCAUAAGCCCCAAUUAAUUUUAUCUGCAGUCCCGGAACACUUCUGGCCGUCACUAUGUAAGAAGUUGAGUGACCAAAUAUUCGACUCGGGUUAUUCAUUUCAAUUGGUUCAAAUUGACUAUGAAGAUACAGAGAAGCUGCCUUACGAUCCUCUCUGGAGUGUCAUUGCUAUACGGGACAUUGACCGAUCUGACCCCAGUCACAUUUAUCUCAUUGAUCACGCGUGGACAUUCAAAGCGAACAGCAUCAGAAACAGUCUCAGAAACUUGCCAGGAUUGAUUGAUAGAAUGUGCAAUUUGAUGCAAAUCACCGCCGAUUCCACUGAAGAAAAGAUCGAUAAGGUGUCUCAAUGCGUUUGGAAGUAUGCCAACACCUACGCCAUAGGGGGCAAUGAAUUUUCCGUCGAAGACAGGGUCCCUGUUUGGUACGUUUUAGAUGAACUAGGUUCAGGAAUUACACAUUCUGACAACCCUAAUUUUCGUGCCGUGCCUUUUAUAAAUGUGCCUGACCAGAUGACCUAUACAUUACUAUUUCCAAUUGAAAAUGUUGAGGAAGGGGAGCCAAUUACAAGAAAUUUUGUGGAAGGCCAGUAUCCUGAUUCCCUUCAAAGAGAAGCCAUGCUGAUACCUUGGAAGUAUUAUGAGCAUUUCAAUGGAGAUUCACAGCAAGAACCAGAUGCUAACUAUUUCCUAGAAGGUCACAUUGCAGAGACGCUUCCAGAUUUAGAUUUACUUAAAGAGAAAGCUGCACCAACUAAGCUAAAAGUAUUUUCAGAAUAUAGGUAUAUUAAUGAAUUCCUGACUGCUCCAGAAUUCCAAAUUGUUCAUAAUGAGAAUAAUGCUGAUGUUUUGUGGUAUAUUAAUCAUUUUAAAGAUUACAAAGAGCUUAGUAAGACACCUCAUAAGUUUGUUAACCAAUUUCCAUAUGAAUAUGUUAUUACUAUUAAAGAUUUGUUAGCUAUCAUUGCAAGAAGGUGUCCUAGUCAUAAAAGUGAUGGCCAAACGGAAUCUUAUCCAUCUUGGUUCCCCACAACUUUUAACUUAAAGACUGAGCUCCCUAAACUAGUGGCAUAUUACAUGCAAAGAAAAAAAUCGGGGUUAGAUAAUCAUUGGAUUUGCAAGCCGUAUAACCUUGCUAGAGGUCUAGAUACAUACAUUACCCAAAAUUUAGAUUUCCUAUGCCGCCUCCCCUUAAGUGGUCCAAAGAUUGCACAGAAGUAUAUUGAAAAUCCUGUUUUAUUUGAUAGAGCAGAUAUUGGGCGUGUCAAGUUUGAUAUUCGUUAUGUAAUUAUAUUGAAAUCUGUUGAUCCAACUGAGGUAUAUGUGUACAAUAACUUCUUCCUUAGGUUUGCUAAUGUACCUUUUUCUCUUGAUAAUUUUGAAGAUUAUGAGAAACAUUUUACUGUAAUGAAUUAUACUGAUGGUGUCCCUUUGUACAGAAUGAUGUGCAGCGAUUUCAAGGAAGCAUGGGCCAAUCAAUAUGGUAAUUAUAACUGGGCUGAAGUGGAAAAGGCAAUAUUCAAGAUGUUAGCAGAAAUGUUCACAGCUGCUACUUCAAAGGAGCCUCCAUGUGGCAUCGCAAAGAGCCCUCAAUCUAGAGCAUUAUAUGCAGUUGAUUCAAUGUUGAGUUGGGAAACAAAAAACAAUGAAACUAUUGUGCAACCAAAACUAUUGGAAAUAAACUGGAUGCCAGAUUGUGCACGAGCUUGUGAAUAUUAUCCUGAAUUCUAUAAUGAUAUAUUUAGUCUUAUGUUUUUAGAUAAAGAAGUUAACACAUGCACUAAAGUGUUGUAAAACUCCACACUGCUGAUUUGCUAUGACAAUGCAGUUUGCAUGGGCCCAGUAUAAUGGGUGCUAUUAAUUUGUUAGUCAAGAAGAGAAUCGCUAGAAUUGAUUUGAUUUAUGAUGUUUCUCACUAUGAGGGAAAAUGGGCACAGAAAUAUUAGCUUAGUAAAACUGCGCUGUGGUUCUUGUCUCAAUGUGUAAUCGAGCCUUAUGAAGUCUGCCUUUAUAUUUAUAAGCUAGCUUACAUUGUACAAUGUUGUAAUUUAUAUAAAUAUAUUAUGGUUUUUAAUUGAAACAUUUAAUUAAGGUGUUAUAGAGCAUUAAAGUAAGCAUAUUCACAUACUAUUUUAUAUUUUAUCACUUUAAAAAUUGCUUGAUUUAAAUAUAUAAUAAUUAUAAAUUAUUUAAA